GCGCUCGGUUCCGGUUCGUCCUUUUUUUUUGAGGAGGGCUCCUUCGGAAGUGUGUUGUGAACCUCGUGAUUUUCGUUCGCGAUUCGUGAGGUGCAAGGAAUUCGAUUACAUCGAUAUUCGUUCGUUCGUUCGUAGGACGGAAAAAGGAUGCUGUAAUCUUCUCUCCGAGUUGAACGUGGGGUGGAAUGUUGUGAUGAAAAUUUUGGACCUUCGCACGUGACGGAUGUCCUUGGAAUUUCCGCAGCAUCCACACGACGGUCGUCACAAAAACAAAUACUACACACAGGACGAUUUUGGCAGAUGGUGGAGCCAUCGGGAUGUGAAUGUGAAAGUGUGUGUGUGUGAUUCUUCGCUGACGUCGUCCUGUCGGGAAAAAUAAGGAAAAAUAUAGUGAGGUAGUGCCAAGUGGGAAGAAGAAGGAAAAAUCAUCUCUUCACAGUGCUUUUUCGCAAGAUGUGAGAUAGACAACAGGAAAAGACAAAAACACAUCAAAACAUACACGUUUGAGAGGAAAAAAAAAGGACGACGACGACGUCGACUAGUCGUCGUCGGUGUCAUCGUCACUCAUCGUCCCCACGAACGUCGACGUCCUUGUCGGAUGUCUUCCUCUUUUUCUUCAUGCCAGCGGAUUAUGCUGCAAUAAAACAGUGAAGAAAAAAUAAUAGUGUUUAGUUUGCCCCUCCCUCCUUCCGUUUUUCAACGAAAACGAUAAAGAUAAAAAAAAGUACACAUGCGAAGGAAAAUUCGUGUGAUGUGAAAUGUGUUUUCGCGUGAGUGAGUGUGUGUAAACGCGUACGAAACCUUAAGCAAGGAGCAGCAGCUUUGGUGGUGGGUUUUUAAUCCUUUUUUUGCGACCAAAGUCGGCGGAAAAUUCGCUGGAAAAGCGCCAAACGUGAACGUGAACGUAGCAGCAGCAGCAGCAGCAGCAGCAGCAGUGUGAUUUUCCGGAUGUCCUGAAGAAAGCAUACAAGCUGAGAUUCUCGGAUGGAUGAGUGGAAAUACUUGAUAGCGCUGCUACUGGCGCUCUUAAGCUUCCGACUCCCGGCGGUAGACUCGACCAGUGGCACCAGCAAUGGCGGCAGCCCCAGUUCCGGGGGAACCUCCACCCGAACCGCCCGGGAGCGUUCCGGUGGCCAGGCGAUAGCCUCCCUGUCAUCGGCGUCGAUUGCGGCUCUGCAGGCCGCACGAAACAGCAACAAUGCCGCGUUGGCAGCUGCUGCGGCGGCUUCGGCGACCACGGUCACUGCGUCCUCGGCUGUUGGGGGCGUGGGUGGCCAACGGUGCAGUUUGGCCCAGUUCCGGUGCGCCAACGGGACGUGCAUCUCGGCGGCCAAGUACUGCGACGGAAUCGUCGACUGUCUGGAUAAGAGUGACGAGCCGAAGCUGUGUACAGCAUGCAAUCGGACGCUAUACGGCGAGGUAGGGCGAACGUACGAGCUGCAGCUUCAGCCCCACCAGGUGCAACAGUUUCAGCAGGAGCAGCAGCAGCAUCAGCACAAUGGAGGGGCGCCGUUGCCGUUCGUGUGUCAUCUUAACUUUACCGCGCCCGGGGGAGCGUACGGUGAUAUCGUGCAGCUCAAUUUCGCCAAAUUCAGCAUUGGCAAGUUUGUGGCGGGAACCGGCGAAGGAGGAGGAGGAGGGGCCUUUCCGGGUGGUGGGGGCCAUCAUCAGCAGCAACCGCAGCACCACCGGGACCUGCCCCAGCCUCAGCACGAGGCCUGCCUGGAGGGCUUCAUGACGAUCCGGGAGCAGGGACUGCCGGAUUUGAACGGACGGUGGUGUGGAACCGCUUCCGGCUACACGAUCUACUACAGCGAAACCAAAUCCGUCAACGUGACGCUCCGGUUGGACAAACUGGUCCAGACUGGGACCGGCGCCAGUUCCGGAGCGGGACCGGGGGGUGCUCCGAACGAGAGCCCCGGUGGACUCCAGUUUCGAUUGAUUUACAAAUUUCUUCGCCACACCGACGCAAAACUAAGGAACGACAACCGGAUAUGGAACGGUGACCUUGUUGCGGGGACGUACUGCAACAGAAAUUUUUAUGACUGCGACAAACGGAUCUGCCGGAUACGAUCGCCCAACUACCCGGGCGUUUAUCCACGCAAUUUAACAUGUAAAUAUUAUAUUAAUCAUCGGACACCGCCGAGCGGGCUGCACGCGAUGAUCGUCCUGCGCCAGCCAGAUGGACAUAAAUUAAACAUCAAGGAGCAGGCCACCCACCACGAGGCGAACAAUAGGAUUUUAAGAUCCUGGGAGCAGUGCGACUCCGAGCAAGACUACCUAACCAUCCACGACGGAAAGACGCUGGAGGCGCCGAUGAUUGGUCGCAUCUGCGGCGGUGACGCCCUCCCGGACAUCGUGUCCAGCGGGUCGGACAUGACGAUCCAGUUCCGGACCUCGCCGUACGACGUGCUGUUCCACCCGAACCCCGUGACCUUCCUGCCCGGGUUUGAACUGGAAGUUCAUAUCCUCUACGUCAACUCCAACUCGCAGUCCUACAUCCGCCAACCAGGUCGCUGCGAGUUCUCGAUCAGUGCGUUCGAGAGCCAAACCGGCGAGCUGGAGAGUCCGCAGCACACGCUGCCGCCGGAGAGUUCCUGCAUCUACCACUUCCAGGGCCGACGCCACGAGACGGUGUGGAUCUCCUUCGUCAAGUACCACUCGGCGAUCGACCCGACCGGGUUCGAGUCCCCAGCGGAGUGCGUCAACCAGCUGCGCAUCUGGGACGGCCGAUGGUCGGUCAGCUCGCGUCCGUACGUUUUCCUAGGCUCCCAUCCCGAGUACAGCCGGAACGCCAGCCUGAUCGAGCAGAUUUGCCGCGAGGAGGUGCCGAGGCUGUGUUCGCGGUCGCUGGUGGCGAAGGGCAGUCGGCCCUGCUCGACGCAGGAGAGUUACCUAUCAACUGGUUCCGAUUUGACGAUCGAGUACCGACCCAGCCCGAUCGGUACCGCACGUCUGUACGGACCAGCUUCAGCUUUCAAGCUGCGCUACGAAUUCGUCGAUAACUCGCUGGGAGGUGCCCCACUGGAACCGCUUGUAGCACCAUCCGCGAUGCCGGAACCAGCGGCGCUGGUCCAGUUCCACCCCAAGUCCUGCGAUCGUGUAUUUCGAUCGUCGUCCGCUUCGCGUGGAAUCUUCCGUUCGCCAUCCAACGUGUUCCUGUAUGGUCGCGGGGGAUCACCAAACAUUUCCUGUACAAUCAGGUUCGAAGCAGGAUUGGGGGAGAGCGUUAGACUCUCAAUCACGCGAGCCCGCUUCGGAGGUCGAUCCUGUCAGAACAUGCAGAAUCGAUCGGGGCGGUGGCACUGCAACCACCACAGUGGGCCGAUCUCCGAUCUCAGGAUCAGCGAGGUUCCCUGGACGGAUAUUCCACCGCUGCCGCGGGACUGUCUCUGCUCGGACGUGUCGGCCUCGAUCAACUUGGCUCCGCUGGCGGCCAGCAUCGUUGAGGUUAGAUUCACCGCCAUGCAGAUGGAGGUUGAUCAGGACUUCCGGGACUUUUACUUCGAGGGGAGGUACGAGUUUGAGAAGGACGGUUGCGAGACGGAUUGGAGCGAUCGGAGGCUGCGAGGUCGCAGCGGCGAUGCGUUCCUCAAGCCGACGCCGUGUCCGGCGUUGAUCCAGCCGUGGCUGCUCGAGCCGGAGACCGAAGGCAGCUACUUGGUCCUCAAGAUGAAGGGCUUCUGGAUGCCUCCACUGCUACACUCCGCUCCACCAUGCCCAACCGAUGCGAGGAUCACCGUCUACUCAACGAACAAUCCGAAAAACUCCCGCGAUCUCUGCCCCUCCGGACCCGACGUGGUCGCCUUCUCCGACGGGUGGGACAACGCGUACGAGUUCAGCGCCCUGGAAAUCUCCAAGAACCUCAUCAUCGAGUUCAAAAGCUCCCGAAAACCGCGCGACAUCGAAGGCAACGAGUACAAGUUCUCGUGGAUGGAGAUCUACCCGGGCAACGACUGCCCGUACAAAUGCCAGGAACUGCAAGCCUGCAUCCCGGCGGAACUCUGGUGCGACGGCAAGGUCCACUGUCCCUCCGGCCAGGACGAAAGCCCAACCGAAUGCAACAUCCGACUCCCACUGUCCCCACUGCACGUGGGAAUCGCCGCCGCAACGCUCACCCUGUUCCUCUCGUUGGCCGCCGGUCUCACGGCUUGUGCCCGGCGGAAACGGGUCGAGAAGAAGCACCAGCACCUGCAGAGCAGUCACCACCUGGAAGCGAACGGACACUACCCGCACCACGGGUCGUACCCGCACGUGGCCCCCCAUCACCACAUGGCCAGCAGUCACGCGCUGACGCCGAUCUACCUGGAUCCCACCAAGGACAGCUUCUGUUGACAGGAGCUGGAGACUUCGGUGUAGCCCAUGCCGAAGUCCCAGGAUUUCUACUACUUUGCGUUCAAUCGCUAGGCCCCCUCCUUCCUCCCUCUAUCUAUCUAUGUGAAGGUGGUGGUGGCGGCGACGACCUGUGAACGACGACAAUUCUGGUGAUAUUAAGUGUACGUAGGAAGCAUGAAAUCCAAUAAUUAGGGGAAGAAACCAAUUUCGAAACAAACAAAGAAAAAAA